UUUCACUUCCUGUUGUUUCUCAGGUGAGUCACCUGAGAAAUGUUGUCAGUGCUCGGGUUUGUGUCGACAUCAGAGUUUCAUGAGUGCUUGUUUCGUUUCCUUUUUUCUUUUUUUUCUUUUUUUUUGAUUCUGUAGAGGCGCUAAAGACACCUGUAUUUGACAACCAGGAAGUAAUUCUUUUGUCACUUUCGUGAGGACUGCGUCCCGCUCCUUGUACGGACAUAACCCUCCUCUUUUAAAUACGACUGACACUCUUUUUUUUUUUUUUUUUUUUUGUUUCUUCUUCUUCUUCUCAAUUUGACUUCAGAUUUCUUUCGCACAACUUCUGCUGUUCACUGAGUGGGGAAUCUCGAGGAGAUUAGAAUGGAUUUACUUUUAGGACGCCACUUCGCAGCGCUCUUGUUUAUCGUGGGCUCUUUGCGCCUCACCGCUGGCCAAAGCACCGCCGACACCUGCCUGUCCAAAUUCGAGAACGGCAAAGACGACUUCAUGCUCAACGCCAAUGAGUCGGUGAACGAAGGGGCCACGUUUCUCUCCUCGCCGAGAGUGGGGAGUUACAAGGACUGCGUUGCGUCCUGCUGUAAGGACCCGAGGUGCAACGUCGCUCUGAUGGAGAAACAAGGCGACAGCGCCAUCAAGUCCUGCUUUUUGUUUGACUGCUUAUACAACAAGAAAUACGCCUGCCGCUUUGUCAAGAAGUCAGGAUAUUUCAGUUACAUCCUGAACUCUCUCUAUAAAGAGUACAUCAAGCACGAUGCUGCCCCAGCUGAAAAAAAGGACACUCCGCCAGUGGCCAUUGCAGGUUAUGACAUAGUGGCCCAGCCUAAAGAGAUUGUGAAACUGAGCGGCUUCCAGAGCAGAGAUGAAGAUCCACAGUCUUUAACCUUCAAAUGGACCAUGGUUACCAUUUACCCAUAUGCAAUCAUUGAGAAGUCACAUUUUCCUGAUGAGAUCACUGUGUCCAAUCUAACUUCUGGAAAGUACAUGUUUAACCUGACAGUCACGGACUCUGCUGGUCAGUCAGACAGCACUACGAUCAACGUCCGGGUCCUGACCCCUGACGAGUCCGAGCACCAUUGCAUGGUUCCAAAGAAAGUUGGUCCGUGCCGUGGUUCAUUCAAACGCUGGCAUUACAACGCUGCCUCAGAGAAAUGUGAGGAGUUCAUCUUUGGGGGUUGCCUGGAGAAUAAGAACAACUACAUUAGGGAGGAGGAAUGCCAUAAAGCCUGUCAUGGCACAGGUCGUCAAUCUGGGCGAGGUCUGCCUGUUGAAGGAGAAAUUUGUGAAGCUCCAUGUACCGCUGAUCAAUUUAAGUGCGAUAAUGAUUGCUGUGUGGAUAGAGGACUGAAGUGCGACGAAACGCCACAAUGCUCGGAUGGAUCAGACGAGAAAAACUGCAAUGACUUUAAAAGCAACUUCAAGAUUCUGUUGGACCUUAAGUUGGCUGGAAAGAGAGCGUAUUGUACUGAAGAGCCAGAGACAGGAACUUGCAGGGAGAGCUAUACAAAGUGGUACUAUGAUCCCCGGACACAGAGUUGCAGCCUCUUCAAUUACGGAGGCUGUGAAGGAAACGAGAACAGAUUUGAAUCUGAAGAACAAUGUUUGGCAGAAUGUCAAGGUGUGACAGAAAAUGAUAUAUUUGACAAAGGGAGCAAAGCUGAGAAACAAGAUACUGAUUCCAAUUCAGCUGUCGUUGCCAUUGCUAUUGUCCUGGGUAUCGCCAUCGCCAUUGUCGUUGCCAUCCUGGGGUACUGCUGGCUGAAGAACAGACAGCCCAGACACACCCUGGUGUCUACUAGCAGCAAACCUCUGUGAAACCAUCUUACUCUCAUCUAAAUGCAUUAUCACAAAGACUGUAUUUGGAAGAGCAGGAAGACUUGUUUUUUCUUCUAAUUAAGUCUAUAUGUGAAUAUGUUUUGAAGAGGAUCCAAACAAAAAGCAGAAAGUCUUUGGUGAAAUGUGAAGUGUUGCUUUAAGUGCUGCAUGCUACUGGAAUAAAUUGGCAUAGGAAUCUGUGAGAUGAGGUUAAAUGGGAAAGAUUGAUUAGAACAUCAUGGCAGAGCAUCAGAGGAAACCCUCCCUUUAGAAUAGAAUAGUUUUCCUUCUUUCAUUUUGUAUCAUUUUUAAUUGAACAACUUUUACUGUUUAUUGUACAGUUGAAAGCAAAACUCCUGUCUUUCAACCAAACCCACGACAUCUCGUUUAUAUGUACACUUUUGACAUGAAUGUUUUGUUUCCUGCAAUUUUCUUACUUUAAUCUUAUUUUACACAUUGUUGUUACAUUCCAUUGAAUUUCACCACCAUGCAAACUGUUGUACAUAGUCUUGGGUUUCAAAAAUGUUUUUCUUAGAAGUACUUUUAUCAAUUUUUCUUAUAGGUUUUAGUUUUUUUUUUAAAUAAGAUUUAUGUUUAACUUUACUAUUAAAUAUUUUAAUUGUCUGAUAAAUUUGUAAAUAUAAUUUGAUGCAGACUUCUUUAGCUUUCCUUUUGUCAUGAUCAUUGUCGUAAAUAAAAAAAAGUUCUAAACCAAAUGAAUUA